AUGGCGUUCUCAGAGACCUUUAAAGCUGUCUUCAUACCCGCUAUGAUAGCCGUAAUCUUAUACGCGCUCCUUGCCUUCGUAAUAAUGCCCAUGCACAAACGCCACCGAGAGAGAUACGCCCAAUACAUGCCGCUCGAUUCGAUAUCGCGAGGAACGAACAGUUUACGAGACCGUAUAUCAAGCACGAUCACCGCUUGGGUUGUGCCCCGAAGGCACCUCGUGUUCGACGCGGCGGAUAGUCGGAGAGGGAGUGCGAGUGGAGACGACUUUGUCUACGAUGGAGAUGAGCUGGCUGGCUUUGACGUGGAUAGGACCGAUCGGCGGGUCCGUGGAGGGGAUGUUGAAGCUUGA